GCAUACUCUUCUGAUGACGAAAUUCACGUCACACGCACUGUACACUGACCCUAGCGUAUGAGUAAAAAGUGAACUAUACUUUGGGCUUAAGAAAAUAACGUGACACUUAAAAUAAAGAUUAUCAAUUACAUUCUUACACCAGUAGGUUGCGAAAAGUGACUGUUAAAAUAAUUAUUUGUCAUUAAAUCAUUCAUUCAAACAAAUUUAACAAAAAAUUUGCUACAUAAGAUUCUUAACUUUUUUGAAGGUUUAUAAAGUUCUUGGUGUAUUAUUACAGGUUUUUCAGAUCACUGUCAUGGGUUCUGGGUUUAUAAAAGCACCAGUACAUGGAGAAAAAACUAGACUCUCAUAUUAGAGAAUGAAAAGGGAAAUUCUUUUAUCCAGUUGGAAUCUUUAUUAAGACUGUAAUUAUAAUUAGCUUUUUUUGAUAGCAAUACAAGUCUGAGGGAGGUGCUCUCCAGUAGCUCUUAAAAAUCUUAUUGCUCAGUUGUUGCUCUUAAAAGACACAAUGGAGAUGUCAAAUAUGUUUCAAGUAUCGACUUUAUCUCAGAUGUUUCUCCUGAUGCAACUGAACAUGGAAUUACUGUAAAAAAAAAAAAAAAAAAAAAAGCUCAUUUCACAAGAAACUAUUAAAGUUUUUUCACUUCAAAAUUUCAUAUUUAAUUCAAAUCUGUUAAUUGCUGUUUCUUUGUAAUUAUUUGUGAAAUUCACUAGCAAUCUGAUUGAACACUGUUUUAAACUAAAUCCUUUACUAAAUUUGGUCACCAAUCAUUUUUCUCUUGCAUGGAAGAAUUUGAUGAGAUUUUUUCCAGUUCAUAUUGUGACUUAGACUGCUCAAUGCUAUUGAAUAUGGUCUUCUGUACAGUUUGAGACAUUGAGACCUCUGAUGAAUCUCUGAGGACGUGUGAGAUUAAUAGGUUAUUUUUCUCAAGGGACAAAUUUGAGAAGCAUGAUGGUCUCCAUUUUCUCUUCAUUUAAUCUAUAGGAGAAACAAUUGAGAUAGGCCUGUUAAUUAGAUCUAAUUAUCCGAGGGUGUAUACGUUGCCUAACUGAAUGUAUGUGUGUGUGUCUGUGUGUGCGCGCGCGCGUGUGAAGGAAAGAGAGGGAGAGAUCCAUCCCCCCUCUCGGAUGGUUAGGUUCCUCAGUCUGAAGCCCGCGGAUGAUGCUCGUGUUUACGCAGCGCUCGGCGUCUGACCGGUGGAUGUAAAUAUCAGCUUAUACGUCGCACAGACUGAUUCAUGAACAUCGCCAAAGGAACCGCUGGAGAGACGCUCCGUUCCUGACUGCAGGAGGAUGUAUGGCAUUAUUAACCAUCCCCGAAACCAUUUAAGGAUCCUCAGACAUUGAUAUCUUCAUGUGCACGUGAAUCUUCUGCAUUUGAAAGGCUUUCAGCGGGCGGGCACACACUGCGCCGUGCGUCUUAACGCAGGACUGCUCUUUUGGACCCGUGCCACGGUUGUCUGUCUCCGUCCCUUCACCCAACCACACCUACCCGUUAUAUCCUAACCGAAUUGCAGCAGCAGCGUCCCCACACCGGAUCCCGACUGAUCCUGUCGCGAAAGGGACAUUGUGUCUGCGUAAGCGGGUGGAAGAACGCGGAUCCACUGCGCUAUAAACGCCUGGUGCGCACCGGACCCGCUCAAAGACGCCUGUGUUUUACCGAUAUGUCAGCCCGGUGCGCGUGAACGCUUUGGAGGAGAGGCAGGUGAAAUUAUCAGCUUUGUCCCGCAUCCUGCGCCAAGAAGAAACGCAUCACCUUGAGGAUUUAAACACACCAACAUCCAACUUACCAGCUUUGGUGUGUCUCUGCCAUGGCGACCCUGACCCCCUGCUUCUUACGGAUUUUUGCUGUCCUCCAAUUGGCUGCCUGCUCGUUUCCAGAGGAACCUGGCCCUUUAAUCUCCGCCCCUGCUGAGGUGGUGAGGCGAUAUCCAGUGUUUGUGGGCCGAGCGCAUCGUUCUUACACCCGCCAGGAGCCGCUGUACAUUCAGACCGUCCUGAAAGUCAAUCGUACACUCUACAUUGGAGCCAGAGAUGACCUUUAUCGAGUGGAACUGGACCAUGUGUCUGGAGAUGAAAUGUUCUACAGCAAGAAAAGGACGUGGGAAUCCAAUAAGAAUGACAUCCGCAUCUGUAGAAUGAAGGGCAAACAUGAGGAGGAGUGUCGUAAUUAUAUUAAGGUGCUGUUGAGCCAUGAUGGAGGGCUGUUUGUGUGCGGGACGAAUGCUUUCAACCCGCUGUGUGCCAAUUACACGAGAGACACUCUGGAAUUAGUUGGAGAACCCAUCAGCGGAAUGGCCCGAUGUCCGUAUGAUCCCAAACACGCUAACGUGGCUCUGUUUGCAGAGGGCAGCUUAUUCACAGGCACAGUGACUGACUUCCUGGCCAUUGAUGCUGUCAUUUAUCGCAGUCUAGGAGAGAGUCCGGCCCUGCGCACGAUCAAGCACGAUUCCAAAUGGUUCAGAGAGCCUUAUUUUGUGAGUGCCGUGGAAUGGGGGCCUCAUAUCUACUUCUUCUUCAGGGAGAUGGCCAUGGAGUUCAACUACCUGGAGAAGGUGAUGGUUUCUCGCGUGGCACGUGUGUGUAAAGGUGAUUUGGGUGGCUCUCAGCGUGUGUUAGAGCGCCAGUGGACGUCGUUUCUGAAAGCACGUCUGAACUGCUCAAUCCCUGGAGACUCACACUUCUACUUCAACCUGCUGCAGUCCACCAGCCCCAUCAUACGCAUGCAGGGCAGAGACGUCAUACUGGGGGUCUUUUCAACACCCUCAAACAGCAUCCCCGGCUCGGCGGUGUGUGCGUUUGACAUGCAGCAACUUGCACGUGUAUUUGAGGGCAGAUUCAAAGAGCAGAAAUCACCAGAAUCCAUAUGGACACCUGUACCUGAUGAACUGGUACCGAAACCCAGGCCUGGAGGAUGUGCUGUCCAGGGUUCGAGAUUCAGCUCCUCAAACGCCCUUCCUGAUGAAGUGCUGAAUUUCAUCAAAACUCAUCCUCUGAUGGAUGAAGCAGUUCCUUUGCUUGGACACAGACCCUGGAUAGUCAAGACCAUGGUUCGGUACCAGUUGAACACUAUGGUGGUGGACACAGAGGCAGGCCCCCACCGCAAUCGAACUGUGGUGUUCCUUGGAUCCACCAGGGGAACAGUUCUCAAGUUCCUUAUCACACCCAGCCCAGAGAACCCGUACUCCAACACCAACACCUUUCUGGAAGAGCUGGAGGGCUACAACCCAGAAAGGUGCGGUGAUGACUCUGUACAGGCGCGGCAGCCUCUCUCUCUGACCCUGGACAAACCCAGUCACACGCUCCUGCUGGCCUUCCACUCCUGUGUGGUGAGAGUGCCUGUCGCACGCUGCCAACUGCACUCCAGAUGCAUGAAAAACUGCAUUGCGUCCAGAGAUCCAUACUGCGGCUGGACCAGAGGAAGUACCUGCUCACUCCUGCGGCCAGGCACCAGAUUACCUUUUGUGCAGGACGUUGAAUAUGGAAACACCUCACAUCUCGGAGACUGCGACGGUCUGUUACGUGAGAGUUUUAUGGAUGAGCCUGAAAGUCUUGUUACUUUGAACCUGCUGGUUGUUGCUGCAGUCUCUGCAUUCUCCACCGGGGCGGCGCUCUCGGGCCUGGCAGUGUGCUGGAUUAUGGGCCAGAAACACCGUCACCGUUCGCACAGCAACACUCCGUCGUCCAGUAGUCAGCGGAAGAGUGAGAAGGAGCGUUGCAUUAUGGGACAAAGCAGGAGUGGCUCUGUGAUGAGUGUAUCCCGGCACAGUGGCACGGACCGGCCACGCUCACAAGGUGAGACGCUCUUCGUCAUGCCCAAUGGUUGGGUCAAAGCAGGCGACUUGGAUCCAGGUCUACUUCCCACACCGGAGCAAACUCCCUUACAGCAGAAACGUGGGCUACGCCUGUCUGAUUCUGGAUCCAGUUGGGACCAAAGUCAGACCUUUUUGAGCUCAGUGGGUACCCAGUGCCCACCUCCACCAUCCACCUUGUUUCUCAGCUCUAAACUCCUGCAAGGAACUGGCCGACGCCAUGAGGAAGCCAUCGAGACCGGCAUCGACCGCCAACGCUACGUCUCCCUCUCCAAGUACCGGGAUCAGGGAAUACGUCCAGGCACUCUUCUUCGCAAGUCAGCAGGCGAAUACAACUACCCUAUGACUCCCCAAGACUCCCCCGACCGGCGGAGAGUGGUGUCGGCCCCCAGCACCCAGAUCGAGUACAGCGGAGAGCCUCUUCGCUGGACCCACGAAGGCUACAUCUUCAGCAGUCACGGCAUACCUCCAACGGGCCACCACUACACCCCGGCCUCGCAGCAUCCAGCGGGACUGACACGCUCCGUGCUCCACGGGUCCCGGGGGCUCAUCGACCUGGCGGACUUCAGCCACCUGCUCGGGAAGGGAGGGAACGAUCGGACACCGACAGGUCAGUGAAGGAAGAGAAACAAGGAUGCGAGGAGCUGGAAAUUGUAGAAACGUAAGCGGCUGAAACCUCACGUUGACUACAGAGCGCAACCUGGCCAACCACUGCAGCUCACUGUGUCUCUCUCUCUCUCUCUGUCUUUCUUUUCUCACCUGCUUGUCAUCCUUUUCCUCAUUUUUCUGGAACUGUUUGCGUGAGGACGAGCCAAAAUGGACCUUACUGACUACGAGAAGAGUGGCCAUUUUAACUGGAAAUACCUCUUUCUCUUCUUCUCUCUCUUUAUCACUCACAAUUACACAAAAAUGUAGGCAGAGACAUGCUUUUCCCAGUAGCUUUAAUUCUUGCUGACUGACUACAAGUGCGGCAUACCAAACUUUAUUGCCCCUUUAUUAGAUGGAGGAAAGAACCAUAGCCAUCUUGAAGACUAUCUAUCUCUGAAUCUGUUCACACCUAGAUUCUCUUUAGCAGGUUCAGCAGAUUUGUAAGUUUGAUAUAACGGCAGCAUUUCAUUUGGCAACUGGGACAAUUGUUCACUCCAGAUACAACCAAGAACCCAACAGUUCUUUGGAGUAAUGACUCGCUAAACGGUGGUCAGUCUAGUCUGAUUCUGGUCGAUACAAAAAUGCUGUAAGAGCAGAUUUGGACAGAUCAACUGAUCAUAAGAAAAGAUUUGUAACAGGACCUUCACUACGGAAUUGCUUCUCUCCCUUUUACAUUACUGAUUUGUUCAAAAAUGUAACUUGUUGUAGCCCAUACACUUUAUAAAUAACAUAAAUAGCAGUGUUGUAGUACUCGAGUCUGGACAAGAUCAGACUCAGACUCAAGUCUGACUCAAGUCCGAGUCCAAGACCAUAUAUUUAUGACUAGUCAAGACCACUUAAUUUGAGGCAGAGUCCCAAUUCUCCUGAAAUUAUGGUCUUGGACUUGGAUAUGGUUAUGGACUUGAGUCUGAGCCCGGUCUUGUCUGGACUUGAGUAUAACACUGAUAUACAGAAAGAUAAAUUGAAAAUAUUUCUGCAUAUUAAAUGGGAAAGUAAAGAGAAGCAGAUCAUAUAUAGGGCCACAAAAUAACAUGAACUGUCUGUCUCCAUCUGCGAUACUUUUUCCAUUACAAACGCUUGUGUGUGACGUCACUUCUUGUGGGCGGGGCCCCGUUUUAUGGUUCGCUUUGCAAGAUUUGCAGUACGCCAUUUGCUCUGAUGCAUCACUUUGACCAAAAUGUAUGGAUAGAAAACAAGGUUCUUCUUUGGUAUGCUUGAAAAUUGUUGUUUCUGACUUUUGUGUCUCUGUCGAGUGAGCUGAGGCAUUUGCCUCAGUAUUACCUCAGCCCUGAAUUCAGACUUUACAAGAGAGAGAGACGGAGAGAGAGAAAACUUUGGUCGAAUGAGUUUCAUGGCCUCAACCAACCACAUGAAUUUCUGUGUUCUGUGUAGCUCUGUGAGUUUCAUCAGAGGUCUCUCUGAGAACUUAUGAACACAGUGGAUUCCAAGGUUUUUUGUCUUUUUGUUUGAUUUCUUCCUUUUUGUACAGUGAAUUUUUUACACAAUAUGUAACACGCAACAUGGAUCACAGAACUGAGGUAAAUACACCCGCUGUUUUCUAGAAAGACACGAUUAGAGACAGAGAACGAGAGACUCUGUCCUGCGGACUCUUGGAUUCUUCUACUUGAAGAUGCCGUUUCACCUUUUCUUUCUCCUGGAGUCUGAAGGAGAGCAAACAAAAAAAUGCCAGAGAAGAGGAAUUGCAUUAUGUGAAGGUCUAAAAGGUCUACAAAGUCAAGAAAUAUCAUGUGAUUUGAAGCCAGUUAUGUUAUUGGAUGUGUGUAUGCGAAAUAACCAAUCAUUUUGUUUAUCAUACCUAUCAUAAUAUAUUUCCCCUCCUUUUUGUAUUUAUUUGUUUUGUUUUUUAGUCAUGCAAGUCCUUUCGAAGGUUCUAGAUCAUCAACAUGGAUAAUGGAUUGCGUGUUUCCAUUCAUGUACCUGGGAACUGUCAAAGUGAAAACCCUGUGUCCUUAAGUCAUUGUGUCCUUAUAUGAGAAUACUAAAAGGGUAGCAUAAUCAAAUCUACACCGAAAGACUCCCUGGCUCUGCUUCAAACCCUAGAGGUGCCUACCUAGACAGCAUUGUAAGCUGUUUGAAACAGUAGGCAGCAAAAUUAUUCUGCCAUGCUAAAUUCUAGGACAAUUUCACCCAAGAUGGCAGACACUAUUACCUGAAGCGACUUGUACUGCAUUUAAGUAUGAGUACAUGCAUUCCCUGGGUAUCAAACCCAUGGCCUUGGUAUUGCUGGCUCCAUGCUCUACUGUUUGAGCCAGAGGAAUGCUUUACCUCAGUCCUAAAUUCAGACUUCAUAAGAAAGAGAGGAAGAGAGAAAAUCUUUGGUCAGAUGAGCUUUAAGGCAGUUUCAUCCAAGAUGGCAGACAGAGUAUACAAGUAUGCAUUUGGCAGGCGCUUUAUCUGAAGCAACUUGCAUUGCAUUUAAGGUAUGCAUUUUAUCAGUUCAUGCAUUCCCUGGGAAUCUAUUAAUGGCACAAUUAAUGGAGUUGAUAUCCAAGAAGAUUGUUUCAAAACAGUCACAAGUUCAUUUUGGUUGGGAUUCUGCCUUUAAAAGACAGUAGACAGCAAGGUGGCUGAGUAGGGUUUGGAAAAGUGCCUCUUUCUCACCAACUUCGUCUUUCUGCAUGACCCACGCACCCAAGAGUCCAUCUCCACAUAGGCUAGCUUUGUUAUUAAACGUCUAAUAGCAUCAGUCUGUGAGAUAUUGAAAGCAGAUGUCUGAUUAGAUAAGUUGCCACACACACUUGAGUUCACUGGAAUGCAUUUAAUAAUGGUGCUCAUGCACCUGCACGAUGUCUCUUAUUAAAAGCAUGUGCUACAUGCAUCACUUAAGCAUACUCCUCCAUCCUAGAAACCAUCCACACGCCAUUGCUGAUGCUCUCAGAAAACACACACUCCUGCGGUUGUGUGCUAUGGUCGGUUGAACAUUGAUUAGUUCAUAAAUCCAGCAGAAAGGAGAGUCAUGGUUGAUUGCGCUGUCUCUCUCUGUGUGUAUGUGUGUUUAUGUGUUUAAAUUACCGUGUGUAUGUAUUUAUGUCUCCUCUCUUCAGCAGGAAAUAGGAUCCAGAACACAGGAAAUAGAUCCCGGUAGGCAGGAAAUGCAAGGAUAUAGCCGCUUACCUGUAGGUCAAGGACACAAAAGCAAGUAAUCAAAUGCAGGAAGUAGCAAAUGCCGCUAAUAUGCUAAUGUGAAAACCACAUGUGGAGAAAGAAGGUGUGUCAGGAAGAUAUCAUAUACUUACAGCUAACAUUUCAACUAAGUUUUUAAGUGUUCAACUUCUCAAUCCUCAAAGAAAUUGUGCCAUAUCCAUCUUCAAAGGUGUUUGCCAAUAGAAAAUGAAAUCGCUAAGUUUGCUAAUAAGCUACAAAGAUGCCAAAACAAGUGUUUCUUUAGAGUGUGACUUGUCACACGCAGUUUGUGCUACUAAAUGAAUUGAUACCUCAAAUUGUGCAGCUUAGAGGUGUGCUUUUCUUUUUCUAAGUGAUCAAAGUUUAGUUUCUCCCCUGGUGGAUGAUAAAACUGUAUAAUAGAAUUUUUUCACCUGAAAGAACAUGUUUAGAAUGUCUAUAGACUCAAGCUAGUCAGCAACUACAUAGCAACAUGCUAAAAACCACAUAGCUACCACAUAUUAAAUCUAGUUCCCAGUAUAAUUCCUAAUUUUUUUCUUUCAAUUUUCAAGAAACACACAAACUGCCUUCAAUGAAAAGAUACAAGUGUCCACACAUUAACUUGAAAAUUUAGUGCCUAAAGCUUAUUUCCUUUGUAGCAGGAAGUCCCUCGGUGUAAAUUAAAAUGGCUUUCAAUUUCCAUGACUUUGCCCCUCACAAUAUUUUUAUUUUUGUUCGGAUGAUUUCUGGUGUGUUUUUAUGCCUUUAAGUGAUGUUGAGUGACAUUGACUUUUUCACACAGUGCCAUUUGUGUUAAUUCUGGUCUAUUAUUGUCAAGGAAAGUGUUGAAUGUGCUGUGAAUGUAUUCAAACGAUUUUUCCCAUAAGCACUUGCUUUCAUAACCGAGAGGUCUUUAUCUUUGAUCAUGCUGCAACAAGCACAAUAUUGUACAAUAAUCAAGGCCAAUAAUGUGUGUGUGACUUUUUCCACAUUGUUUCAUUCGCUUUUGUGUUCCACAAAUGAUCACAUUUAUUGGUUCUCACCGACUUUGCAAAGGAUGAAGAAGGAUUCUUGAUCUCUUGAUAACGACUGAAGGAACAACGUUUUGUAAGACAGUGUAUAUGGCGACACAGAUUUGCCUUCGACGUGAAGGGCUGUGUGUAAGACUGAAUCAGUGUUACGUUGAGUUGUUUACCUAGACUCAGCUGCUCUGUACAUAGCUCAAAUCCUGAGUUUCACCCCUCCGCUGGCGAUGAUGUAAUGUCCCUGUGUAUAGAAGUCGAGGGGCGGUAUACAGUGAUAAUUGUUUUGUUUGUUGGUUGGUUUUUAAAUAAUCUCACAUGUAUAGAAGUACACACUUACACACCCAGUUUCACACAUGAACACACAUGACUCAGUACUGGAGCACACACUUAUUUUCAAACGUCAAUCAACAUGGAGAUUUUAUCAUUCUAAUAAACACAUUUGAUUGUUUGA